AUGGCAUCGAAGGCGGGCCCCUCCUGCCGUCUAGUCUUCUGCCUCUUGAUCUCCGCCGCUGUCCUCCGGCCAGGCCUUGGAUGGUAUACUGUAAAUUCAGCAUAUGGAGAUACCAUUAUUAUGCCUUGCCGACUUGAUGUACCUCACAAUCUCAUGUUUGGAAAAUGGAAAUAUGAAAAGCCCGAUGGCUCCCCAGUAUUUAUUGCCUUCAGGUCCUCUACAAAGAAAAGUGUGCAAUAUGAUGAUGUGCCAGAAUACAAAGACAGAUUGAGCCUCUCAGAAAACUACACUUUGUCUAUCAGUAACGCAAGGAUCAGUGAUGAGAAGAGAUUUGUGUGCAUGCUAGUAACUGAGGACAAUGUGUUUGAGGCACCUACAACAGUCAAGGUGUUCAAGCAACCAUCUAAACCUGAAAUUGUAAGCAAAGCACCUUUUCUCGAAACAGAGCAGCUAAAACAGUUGGGAGACUGCAUUUCAAAAGACAGUUAUCCAGAUGGCAACAUCACGUGGUACAGGAAUGGAAAAGUGCUACAACCUCUUGAAGGAGUGGUGGUCAUAAUUUUUAAAAAGCAAAUGGACCCGGUAACUCAGCUCUAUACCAUGACUUCAUCCCUGGAAUACAAGGCAACCAAGGCUGACAUACAAAUGCCAUUCACCUGCUCUGUGACAUAUUUUGGACCAUCUGGCCAGAAAACAGUUCAUUCUGAACAAGCAAUCUUUGAUAUUUAUUAUCCUACUGAACAAGUGACAAUACAAGUGCUGCCAUCAAAAAAUGCCAUCAAAGAAGGGGAUAACAUCACUCUCAAGUGCUUGGGAAAUGGUAACCCUCCUCCUGAGGAAUUUUUGUUUUACUUACCAGGACAGCCUGAAGGAAUAAGAAGCUCAAAUACUUACACGUUGACAGAUGUGAGGCGCAAUGCAACAGGAGACUACAAAUGCUCCCUGAUAGACAAAAGAAGCAUGAUUGCUUCAACAGCCAUCACAGUUCACUAUUUGGAUUUGUCCCUAAAUCCAAGUGGGGAAGUGACCAAGCAGAUUGGUGAUGCCUUGCCUGUGUCAUGCACGAUAUCUGCUAGUAGGAAUGCUACUGUGGUAUGGAUGAAAGAUAACAUCAGGCUUCGAUCUAGCCCAUCAUUUUCUAGUCUCCAUUAUCAGGACGCUGGAAACUAUGUCUGUGAAACUGCUCUGCAGGAGGUGGAAGGCCUGAAGAAAAGAGAGUCGUUGACACUGAUCGUAGAAGGAAAACCUCAAAUCAAAAUGACAAAGAAAACUGAUCCCAGUGGACUGUCUAAAACAAUAAUCUGCCAUGUGGAAGGUUUUCCGAAGCCAGCUAUACAGUGGACAAUUACUGGCAGUGGAAGCGUCAUAAACCAAACAGAGGAAUCUCCUUAUGUAAAUGGCAGGUAUUAUAGUAAAAUUAUCAUUUCCCCCGAAGAGAAUGUUACAUUAACUUGCACAGCAGAAAACCAGCUGGAGAGAACAGUAAACUCCUUGAAUGUCUCUGCUAUAAGUAUUCCAGAGCACGAUGAGGCAGACGAGAUAAGUGAUGAAAACAGAGAAAAGGUGAAUGACCAGGCAAAACUAAUUGUGGGAAUCGUAGUUGGUCUCCUCCUCGCUGCCCUGGUUGCUGGCGUUGUCUACUGGCUGUAUAUGAAGAAAUCAAAGACUGCCUCAAAACAUGUAAACAAGGACCUUGGUAAUCUGGAGGAAAACAAAAAGUUAGAAGAAAACAAUCACAAAACAGAAGCCUAA